CACAGUAGCCUACAAUUCAAGAUUUCAGGAGGAGGAGGAAAGAGCUCAGGGAAACUUGAGAUUUCUUGCCUUCAAGAUGCGGAUUUUAGCGAUUUUAACUUUUUUAUGUUUUCAAAAAGCUGCACCUCAAAUUUUGCAGCCACCAUACUUUGAUAUAGCUAAAGGAAAACCGAUAACUGCUACCUCGACAUGCGGGGAGGGUCUAGGCCCAGACGAUGGCAAAGAGCUCUUCUGUAAAUUGGCCGAAGCUCCUGGACGUGUAGCAAUAAAAGGACAGUAUUGCGACUAUUGCUACCCUGGAAAUCACAGCAUUGAAUACGCAAACGACGGAGCAGAAAAAUGGUGGCAGUCGCCUUCGCUUUCAAGGGGUUUGCAGUAUGAGAAAGUCAACAUAACCAUCGACCUUGGUCAGGUUUAUCAUGUUGCAUACAUCAUUAUCAAAGCAGCUAAUUCCCCACGACCUGGAGUUUGGUCUCUGAUGAGAUCUAAAGAUGGUGGUAAAACCUUCACUCCUUGGUACUACUUUGCUUCAACUCCAAAUGAAUGUUUGACAUAUCAUAAAACGUCACAUCUAUUGCCUUUGACCAGAGAUGAUACAGUUCUUUGCAAGCUGGAGUACUCACAGGUUCCUCCAUUUGAAGAUGGAGAGAUUCACAUCUCACUUGUCAAUAACAGACCAGGAGCAUCCAACUUCUCUGUCAGUCCAGGAUUGCAGGAGUGGACAACUGCCUCUCACAUUAGAUUGCAAUUUAUGAAGGUAAAAACUCUCCUUGGGGAUCUCAUGCCAUUGUCCCUACAGGAUCCGACAGUCACCAGAAGGUACUACUACUCAAUAAAAGAAAUAUCUAUUGGUGGAAGAUGUAUGUGCAAUGGGUUCGCAGAUAGAUGCGUUAAGGUUGAUGAAGAUCCAAGCAAUUACAGAUGUGACUGCCAACACAACACAUGUGGACCACGCUGUGACAAAUGCUGCCCUGGUUAUGUCCAGAAAAAAUGGAGAUCUAGACAAGGAUCUGUUAACUUUGUCUGUGAACGUUGCAACUGCCAUGGACACAGUGACAAGUGUCAGUACAGUGAGCAAGUAGCUGAAAGGAAGUUGAGUCUGGAUAUUCAUGGCAAAAAGGAAGGUGGUGGUGUUUGUGAGGAUUGCCAGCAUAACACAUAUGGUAUUAACUGCGAAAAGUGCAAGCCAUACUAUUACAGGCCAGCUGGAGUGCCAAUAACAUCAAGAGAUGCUUGUAGACCAUGCAACUGCAGCUUCCAGACAUCCACUGGUAACUGUGCAGAUGGCGAUGGUCAGUGUAACUGUCGACCCAAUUAUGCAGGAAAAAGGUGUGAAAGAUGCAACAAAGGAUAUUUCAACUACCCAGUUUGUGAAGGUUGCAUCUGUGACCGAGAGGGCUCUGUCGAGGGCUCUUGUGCUCCAGACUCAUUGGGCAACUGCAGAUGCAAGCCAGGUUACACUGGAAAAAUCUGCAACAGAUGUGAUGUUGGUUACUAUGGAUAUCCAGCUUGUCGCCGCUGCAACUGUCUUGUGCAAUAUGGAGCACUGAAUGACAACUGUGACUCGCAAACAGGACAAUGUAGCUGCAAAGAAGGUUAUGGUAGCAGAGCAUGUGAUCAGUGUUUGAUUGGUUAUUACAACUUCCCAUUCUGUAAACGAUGCGAGUGCGACUCGGCAAAGACACUACCGACAAUAUGCUCCGCUGGCUCUGGUGUUUGCCGUUGUAAGGAGAACUAUUCUGGCCUAAAAUGCGAUCAGUGUGCUGAUGGUUACUAUGGAUACCCCGCUUGCAGGCCUUGCGACUGUUCUUCAACUGGCUCUUCUUCAGCUCCUUGUGAUAAAGUCACGGGCAAAUGCACAUGUCUUCCAAAUUUCCGCGGCGCCAAGUGUGAUCAGUGUGUAACAGGUUAUUAUGGGUACCCAGCAUGCCUUUCGUGCAAUUGUGAUCCAAUUGGCUCGUACGGUAGCUCUUGCCGUUCUUCAGAUGGACAAUGUAGUUGCAGGGCCCAGUUUAAGGGACGCCAGUGUAACAAAUGCCAACCUGGAUUUUAUGGAUUUCCAAAUUGUCAAAGAUGCCAGUGUAAUCCUGCAGGAACCAGAUCUGGACCAGCUGGAAUUGACUGCAGCUCUACUCGUAAUGGCUUAUGUCCAUGUAAAGACUAUGUUCAAGGAAAGGAGUGCACGGAAUGUAAGGAUGGCUUCUUCAAUUUACAAGAUUCAAACGAACAAGGAUGUACUGAUUGUCAAUGUAGCAGAGCUGGUACAAUGAGUGGACUCAAGAUGUGCUCCAAACUGACCGGUCAAUGUACCUGCAAGAGGCAUGUGCAACAAAGAACGUGCAAAGAAUGCAAAGAUGGAUUCUAUCAACUUAAAGAAAUCAACCUGUUCGGCUGCAAAGGCUGUGAGUGCGAUGUCGGUGGCUCGGUCGACAUGGCUUGUAGCAAGUCGGACGGACAAUGCAAAUGUCGUGACAACGUAAUCGGACGCACAUGCAACAAACCAAGACCAGGAUACUAUGCUCCCACGAUGCACCAGAUUUCAGCGGAGAUUGAAGAUGGCAGGGCACCUGAUGGCAACGUUAUCCGAUUUGACGUGCAAGAGAGCAAAUUCCCAGGAUAUUCCGGUAGAGGAUAUGCCAUGAUCAACGAAAUGCAGCCGACAAUCAUUGCAACAGUGAACGUAUUCAAGAAAAGCAACUACCAACUUAUUUUCAAAUACGUAUUAAACCAGUUAACACCCGUCACAGCCAAAGUCCAAGUGUAUCCUUCAGGAAAAAGAAGUGGUCGAUUUUCAGGAGAUGCUGACUUUCCAUCAACGCAGAUUGCUGGGUCUUUCAUUUCAAAGUAUACGAAGCUGUCAAAAUCAGGGGAUCCAAUCUUCUUUCCACUUACUCCAGGAAAAUGGGACAUCGAAAUUACCGCACCCUCAUCAGCAUUGUUGUUGGACAAAGUUAUUCUCGUACCAGAAGAAUAUGUUGAUGCUGCUCAGCUCAAACGAAAGAUCACAGAGCCAUGCGAAGUUAAGAAAAAUCAGAAAGUUUGCACGCAGUAUUCUUACUUAGAUAUGAAACAGAGGCAAGGUUUUGUCACAGUCGAGGCCGAACUGAACCAUGGUCAACGCAAACCUGUCGUAUUAUUCAAUGAUACCCAGGUUCUCAGUGAGCUUGACUUUGAUGCCAUGGCGAAGAUGUCAAGGGAUAAUCGUCAGUUGGAUAUGGACAUUGAUGUGAGCAAAAGCGGACAGUAUGUUUUUGUCGUUCAGUAUUAUCACGAUGCUCCCAGAACCCAUACAAUGGAUGUUUACCUUAGGACAUACAAAGACACGCAGCGUGGUGAUGUCAUUUUGAGCCAGUGCAAGUAUAAAUUUGGUUGCCGUCAAGUUGCGAUUGAUCAGCGAAAGGGCACUGUUAAAGUUUACAAUGUUAGUGCUGACGACCGCAAGCUUGUGACGCUUUUUUCAAGAUCCCCGACAACAAUCGGCGUGGAUUCCGUGACAGCUAUUCCUCUAGAAAAAUGGAGCAUGGAUUUCAUCACACCUGAGCCACUCUGCACAACAAAGGACAACAAAUGCACCGCAACAACUUUCCCAUUUCCCAAAACGUCAGUUAGAGUUGACGGAUUUUCAAAUAUCGGCGACCCAGUUCCACCAAAUGUCUUUGAUCCAAAGAGUAUGAUUUACAUUCCAUCUGGGGCCAUUCGUGCUUUGCCGCCCAAGAAACUUCCUGCUGGUCGCUACUAUAUAGUUGUGCAUUACUAUCAACCAAAGCAUGCAGGAUUCGAUGGUCAGGUAUCGGUUGAGAAUGUACGGAAGUACCCGGGAGUUGUCCGGUUCGACUACUGUCCUCACACAUCCGGAUGCCGGGCGGUUGUAAAGAAUGGUGCAGUUGGUUCAUUCACACUAGCUGAUGUUGACACAUCGAUAAGAAUGUCGAUCCCAGACGGAAAAGAUGUCUGGGUGGAUUACAUACUGUACAUCCCCGAAAAAGAUUACACGUCCAUGGUACUGAUGCAAGAUCCUUCGAGCCGUGUUGCAGAAUUCUCCAAGGAGUGCGCCAAAGAUAACUUCUACAUCAAGCCAACAGUCAAAGGCUUCUGUCGUGAUGGGACCUUUUCUCUGACUACAGCGUUUAAUAACGGGACGUUGCCAUGCAACUGUGACUCACGUGGUUCAGAUGAUCAAAACUGCGAAGAGCUUGGAGGUCAAUGCCGUUGCAAAUCGCCAUACAUAACAGGCAGGACAUGCAACAGAUGCAGGAUGGGAUACUUUGGAUUUCCAAACUGCAGAGCGUGCCAAACCUGCAGCAACUGUGAUGAAGUCACUGGAGAGUGCAAAUGUCCCCCUGGUGUUUACGGUAACAAAUGCGACAAAUGCAAAACUGGAACGUACGGAUAUGACCAGGUUGUCGGAUGCCGGCCUUGCAAAUGUGACAAAACCGGUACAAAGAACGGUAAUCAGACAUGUGACGUUGUCUCUGGUCAGUGCACGUGUAAGGAUAACUUUAGUGGGCGACAGUGCUCUGAAUGUCGAGCUGGAUUCUUUGGCAAACCGAUAUGCAGGAAAUGCUUUUGUAAUGAUGCUGGUGUGACUGAGAAGAAAUGCGACGCUGAUAGUGGAAAAUGCUUGUGCAAGCCUUCAGUGACCGGCGAUUUCUGUGACAAGUGUGUCGAGGGACAUUUCAAGACAGAUGCUAAAAAGGCUGCCAACCUUUGCUUGAAGUGUUGGUGUUCAGGACGAAGCAAGAAAUGUUCUGAAGCCUCUCGAUUCAGAAAGUCAAUCCCGCUAGCUGCCGCAAACAAGCCUUGGAAUAUAACGCACCAAGCAGGAAAAACUGAUAUUGGGAAACGAAUAACGACAAUCGAGAAAACAAGAUUGGGUAGCAACAAACAUGUUUACUGGGUGGCACCGGAGGACUACCUCAGCGAAGGAGUUGUUGCAUAUGGAGGUUACUUAGAGUUCUCUGUUAUGUUCCAAACACUACCUGUUUAUGGAAAGUUCACGCUGAUUGAAGAGACUGUUCCUCUUGUUAUUAUUCAAGGAAUGAACUCAAAAAUCCACCACAGGAGAAAGCUGACAAUGCAAAAUGGUGUCCAGGUCAAUGUCAGAGUUCCACUUUAUGAGAGUGCCUGGGUAAAUGAAGAUGGUACCCCCGUCUCAAGAAUGGAGUUCCUCGAAACAAUUGCUAUGCCCAAAGCAGUCCAUGUCCGUGCCAGCCAUAAUGCAGAAAAGUAUGAAUCAAGCAUCUCCUCCGUUCACAUGUCAUCAUCAGGUAAUACCGGAAGUGACCCUGCUUAUGGUGUUGAGGUUUGUCAAUGCCCAAGUGAAUACUCUGGUACUUCUUGUGAAAAGUGUGCCAAAGGUUACACCAGAUAUGUCGAUGGAUCUUGUGUUAAAUGCGACUGCAACGGAAAAGCCACUGAGUGCCAUCCAGAGACCGGUGUUUGCAUUGGUUGCACCGGGAACACAAUGGGUGACAAAUGUGAAAAGUGUAAACCAGGUUUCUACGGUGACAAAUGCAAGCCAUGUGAGUGCCCAAUGUCCUCAGCUUCCAACAAUUUUGCUACUUCAUGUUUCCUUGGUGUCGGUGGAACGAUGACGUGUAGGUGCAAACCAGGUUACACAGGGCUCCGAUGCGAAAGAUGUGCUGACGGUUAUUUUGGGGAUCCGCUGAAGAUUGGCGGCUCCUGCAAACCUUGCGAGUGCAAUGGAAACAUUGACAAGAACCUGACAGGAAAUUGUGACCCGAAAUCGGGAAAAUGCUUUAAGUGCCUAAUGAACACUGCUGGUGACAAGUGCGAGAAAUGCCGGGUCGGUUACUAUGGUGAUGCGAUCAAAGCAAAGAACUGUACGAACUGCAAAUGCAGUAGUUGUGGCUCAGCAGACAUCACAUGUGACCAGAAGAAUGGACAAUGCGUCUGCAAGAAAAAUGUGAUGGGGACCAGGUGUACAAUGUGCAAGCCAAACACGUGGAAUUACAAAGCUUGCAUUGGUUGUGAAGAUUGUGCUUGUGGCAUUGCGUCAAUCAGCAAGCAAUGUAACACUGAUAACGGACAGUGCACAUGUCGCCCUGGGGUAAUGGGAAGAAAGUGUGACUCGUGUAAACUUGGUUUCUAUGGUUACAGCAAAGAUGGCUGCAAAAAGUGCAACUGCAAAGAUGGCGGCUACUGCGAUGUUGUCACUGGUAGCUGUGACUGUGGGGCAUCAGGUGAAAAAUGCCGUCUUUGUCCAGAGGGACAUAUCAUCACCAACAAAGGCUGUGUGCAAUGCGAUAAUUGUGUACAGCGACUGUUGCAGCGAGUCAAAUUCAUCGACACAAAUUAUUCAACCCAGCUCAAUCAUUCACUUGGAAUCUCAAAAGCGAAAUCUCUUGCCCGCGUUAAUCAGACUCUCCAAGGUCUCGGAAAGAAAGCUGAUAUAUGGAGUUUUGAUUUGGAGACAAUGCGGAAGGCGUUAGGAUACGGCAACUAUUCUCAAUACGGAGGUGAUUUAGGCUACCACGAGGUGGACAAGUUCAUAUCAUGCUCAUUUACCAAGACAACCCCUUUGCCACCUUUUAUUAUACGCAACAAGCGAGACGUAAAUAGGCAAAACAUACUGGGAAUGAAAAUAUUUAGACGAAUUUACCGAAGGUCAGUCGCGGUCGAUAAUCAUGCUGCAGCCGACGGUCAAUGUCCGGCAUCAAUGGCAAGAGUAUUCUUUGAAAUAGGAAUAAACGAGACAGAAAAACUGGUAAAGAGGCUGGCAAUAAGAUCCAAUAUGGUUGCCAAAAACGCAUCUGCUACUGAAGAGCGCGCCAGAGAGUACCUAGCAAGCCUUAAAGGAGAAGAUAAGCUCAUCAGAGUUGUUGAAGCUACAGUGAACUUUGCCAACGAGACAUUAUUGCGAAUGAUGAACGGAAGUGACGACACCAAUGUUUCUGUCUCCGAAAUUCAACGCAUAAAGAACGACUUGAAGAGCAAGAACUUUUCCGACAUUUUGAUGAAGGUAACAAUGGAGAAAAGGCUUGCUCAGAAUGCAUCCAUGUUGGCGAAAGAUUUGUUAAAUAAGACAAUGAUGCUUUCCAAUUUGGUUCAUGGACAAAACGAUACUAUACUAAACAUUAUAAAAACUUUCUUGGCCAUCAAUAAAGGUGCACAAAAUGCGCUUUACGCAGCUGGUAAUGGCUCGGAGCUAAUUGGUAUUGCGAAACUGAUAGAUUUCCAGUCUUUCUUGGAUGCUGCAAAAAUAAAGUUAAGCCUCUACAAUAAAACUAUCAUGGAUGCUAUGUCAAAUGGAACUGCCGCCAAAAUGUCAGCUGACGAAGCAAUGAAAGCUUUUGGGCAAUUCAUGAACAAGAGUGCCAUUCUAAACAACCUCAUUCCCAUUCUCCGAGAACGAACUCGAGGAUUGAAAGUUCACAAUAAGAACGCGUCUAAACUCGUCGACGAUGCUGAUGCUCAUGCAACUGGCCUACGACGCCAAGCAGUGAUUCUAGAGGGCUUGAUUAAAGACACAAAGAACUUCUCAGAUGACGCUGUUAGAGCAGCUACGGUCUAUUCGAAUAUCGUCCAAGCCAUUUUGGAAGCAUACAAAGCAGCAAAGAGUGCAAAUAACACUGCUUCGUCCACAAACAUGAAGGCACAGGAAGUGAAAAGUCGAUCUGAGCAAGUAUUGGCACAAUCAGAAACGGUUAAGUCAAAAGCAGACAUGCUCGCGAAGGAUGUUGGGACUUUGAAACAACCCUACGACGAUCUCGGCGAACAACUGAAAGAACUGCGAAAGUUGAAAGAGAAAGUUAAAGCAAAACUAAAGGCUGUGACAGCGAAAUUCCCUGUCUUUGAAAAGGCGAAGGAGAUAGGUAUGAAGGCAGAAGCAACUAGAAAACAAGCUAUGGAGGCCGCCAUGAAGGCUAAAGCUGCCCUUGAUUUCGCUAAAAACAUUAAGGUAAUCUCAAAUAAUGGAGCUCAAACAAAUAUCACUAAGCUGAGAACAGGCAUUGAUGAUGUUGGGAAGUUGAUCAAUUCUGCUGACAAAUUCGUGCGUGACCUGGAAUCUGAGGUGCCAAAAUACGAGACUGCGCUCAACAAAACAAAAGCUCAGCACGAAAAGCUUGACCAGUUCAUCAUUUCAAAUCUCACCUACACAUUGGAAAGUAUACGAUAUAAAAUAAACCACGCGAGGAGUCUUGCUAACAGCGCACCAAUCGCAGCCAAGUUUGGUCCAACGACUACUGUGACCCUGGAAUCACCUAUAGUCGAAGGGGAGGCUGAAACUGUAGCGGAAAUGGAUAUAAAGACAACAGAAAAGGAAGGGCUUCUUAUGUAUAUUGGUGGCAGUUCAAAUACCACGCGGCGAAGACGACAGGCUGUUGGAGGCAUGGACUUUUUGGCACUGACACUCUCGAAUGGCUUUGUGGAAUUCAGUGCCAAGACGAAUGGAGGUAUGCUAAAAGUCCGAUCAAUGCAGGCUGUUUCUGAUGAUAAAUGGUACAGAAUCACAGCUAAGAGAACAUCAGACAUGUUGAAACUGGAGACUGGACUUGCAAACACAACUACUAGAAAGCUGAAUAGCGUUUCGGAUGAAGGCCUGUCGAGUAUUAAGUUGCCAAAAUCCAGUGAUAUCUUUGUUGGUGGAGUUCCAGCUGGGAAGAAGAUUCCAAACUUAGUUUCGACCACCAACUUCCAGGGAGCAAUAGACAGAGUGAAGAUCAAUGGUGAGGCCGUUGGCCUGUGGAACUGGAAGGCUAAUGAUAAGCUGGAUGGAGCUAUACAGCAAAAAGAGACUAACCCUGUGCCUUCUCUGCAAUUCUUUGGUGACGGAUUCCUGAAAUACAAGUUGAGAUCCGAUCACAUUUUCCGCAAAGUCAAGUUUAGUUUUAAAACCCUACAGAAGGAUGCUCUUUUGCUUUAUGGGCCAGAUUUGAUCGCUUACAAGGAGCUUUUUAUAUCGUUUGAAUUGAAAAAUGGACACUUGAUAUAUCGUUACAAUAACGGUCUGACCGGCGGAGAGACAGUCUACUCGUCCGAAGGUAAAAUGUCUCCGCUCAAUGAUGGCAAAAUUCACGCUGUCGUUAAGAGGAAAGACAAGUUUUCGAUAGAUGGUGUGCUCAUUGCAGAGUUUAAGUCAUCAACGCAAGACCUUUCUGGCGAGUUCGCCUAUAUUGGCGGAGUGCCGUUUGGCCACGUGAUGAGAUCAAGUUCUAUAACCACAGCGCCUUUCAAAGGAUGUUUCAUAGCCAAGAAAGCGUCAGAAACAAUAGCUGUUUUUAGGACCUGGAUUGACGUGACUUCAAGGCAGAAAAUCGUGGAUUUCAAAAAUUACCGAUCUGGGUGCAGUAAACAUUUCGCAAAGGGAGCCUCAUUCACAGGGCCGUCGUCGUAUUUGGCUGUUACUGCAUCCUCAUGUAGCCUAUCGAAGUCUAAGCGUCUUGGAUUCAGUUUCCAAACAUAUGUAUCUCGAGGGGUGCUCCUAUACGGACAAGGCCAAGGGGGUGCUCACUUGAGUUUGAUCAUAAACGAGGAUGGAGCGGUAUCCAUGUCCGUGAAAAGUGGACCAGGAAACAACGGAAUCAUUGUCACAGACCAGAAGAACCUCAAUGACGGAAAAUGGCAUCUUGUGGAGGUCAGGCACGAUGGAAGCAAAGUGUCACUUAAAGUUGACGGACAACUGAAAGAAGUCAGCUUCGACCAAGAAAUCAAACUGGAUGGUAAAAUGUACAUUGGUGGACUACCGCCAUCCGUGAAAAUUGAUGUAAUUGAAACCUCCAGUAUGAAUGGUAACAUAAAGAACAUCUUCUGCGACUCGAGUGAAAUCGAUUUGGGUCUUGCGAGCGUUGAAAUGCAAGGUGUUAAGCUAGCCGAAAGGGAACUGUUGCCUUUGACUAAGCCAACGACGUUGCCACCAACUACAACACCAGGCAAAACAACUACAAAAGCGGGGACGAUAACUUCUCCUAUAGAUCCAAUCAAAGUGGAAACUACGGUAGCUACACCAGCAAUGCCUUCUACCGCGGAAGUUACUUCAACCCAGCGAGACGACAUUACGUCAAAAUCAACAACAAUCAGUGUUGGUACCACUAACAUACCACCGCCCACAGAAAAGCCUACAACUGCAGAGCAAUUGACUACCAAAGAGUCCACCACUACAAUGAAACCUACCACAACCAUGGAACCAACAACCACAAUGAAGCCAACGACCACCAUGAAACCCACUACAACGAUGGAGCCAACAACAACUAUGGAACCAACGACUACCAUGGAACCAACGACUACCAUGGAGAAAACCACCACCAUGGAACCAACGACCACCAUGGAACCAACGACCACCAUGGAACCAACGACCACCAUGAAACCAACGACCACUAUGAAACCAACGACUACCAUGAAACCAACGACUACCAAGAAGCCAACGACUACCAUGAAACCAACGACCACUAUGGAACCAACGACCACCAUGGAACCAACGACCACCAUGGAACCAACGACCACCAUGAAACCAACGACCACCAUGAAACCCACAACAACACAACCACCUACCACCAAGCCGAAGGUUCUUAAAUGCGCUCUCUCGGGCAUGCCAGAUGGACCGGGCUACGGCUUCGGUUUAUCAGCUCAGAGUUACAUACCAUUCCCAGUGAAUUCUGGUGACUUAUUCAAAAGCUCGAAGUAUAGCUUCCUACUAUCAACGUACUCGGCCAAUGGAGUAUUGGUGAUAUCUUUUAAGCAAAAAGAUGUCUUUGAUUAUGAAAUAGUUUAUCUGGACGAUGGCAAAAUCAAGUAUGCAUUUAAUGCUGGAACUGGUGCUGGGGUGCUCGUCUCAGCGCAGACUGUUAACGAUGGAAAAUUGCAUUCAGUAACUACAACAAGGAGAUCUAGAGAUGGAAAGCUCACUGUUGAUGGUACAACUGUUACAGGUAAAAGCAAUGGAGGAGCCACAGCGUUGAAUUCAAUAAGCAAAAUCUAUGUAGGCGGAGCACCUCCAGAGCUGAACACACUUCAGAAAUUAGAGACCGCUUCAAGAGCCAGCAUUCAAGGCUGUAUAAGCGACUUCAAGCUUAACGGCAAGACACUUGAAUCAGAAGAACCUGUGGGGGUAACAGGAUGUCACUCAAGCUACAGCAGGAAAGGUCUCUUCGUAGGCACCAACGGUGGCUAUGGUACCGCAAAGGGUGAGAAGAUCGGUGUAAACACAAUAAUAAAAAUGACAAUCAGAGCAAGAAGCGAAAAUGGUGUUUUAUUCUAUUUGGGAAGAGGACAGUACGAUUACCUUGGUAUUGAGUUGAUAAAGGGAGAGGUCCAUGUGGCAGUGCAAAAUGGAGCAGGCUCCUACAAGACUAGUGUUGCGCCUGAGCCAUGGACAAAAGUAUGUGAUGGCAAGGCACACGAGAUAAGCAUAGUGAAAGAGGGUCGUAAAGUCACAGUUACUGUUGACUCAAUGCCUCCAAAGGUUGUUACUGGACCAGGAGGAUCUUCAUCUGUUGACACUGGAAACGAACUUGCCUACUUCGGUGGCAUAAGUUCUCGGGUUACUGCAUACGGCAUGUCAACACGGGAUUCUUUCAAUGGCUGCAUUCUCAAAUACGAGGUUGAUGGAAAAGACAAGACAAAUGUCAUUACACCCGAAGGCCUUGCUGCGUACGGAUGCAGUGACGCAUAAUAGUCAUUUGAACUUUAUAGCUAGCUAAGAAACAAAUUUUAUGUUUUAACUUUCUGUUUUUGUCCAAUUUUAUUAAUGUUCUGUAUUUUUUAUAGUUUUCUGAAGUUCGCUUGUAAUAUUGUCUCUCCGCCAUGCUUAGAGACUCCAUAAAUGCCACCUGAGCGAACUAGUAACAUUAUUACCUCUACCCGUAGCCUUAGGCCCUUUUUGUCUAAGAAUCAACAAUCAACAAGCUGACACGUGACACCCUGGAACUGGAUGAUAUUCCAAGAAAGUAUUCCGCUCUAAUAUGAACAGAUUCCCAUAUGGAGGAGCAUCUACGCAAGCGUACUUUUUCUAUGCUCGAUUUUCUUAUCAAGAGGCUAGACCUCGCUAUUUUACGAUUUUCUUAAACUAUUUUACUGGAUUUGUCGUUUCAAGCAAGCCGAAAGCUGUUUCGUAUAAUUUUUUUGCAUGUCCUGUAAUUUCAGCAGAAGAUAGUUAGUUCAUUGUGAUAAAUUGUUAAACACAACUCGUUUUGUACUCUCAAAAACCUUCAAACAUUCAGCUCGGUUUAUUAGAGAGAAAAAAUCAUUAAAACUUCUUUAUGUCCGCGCAUUCAUAGUGUUGUUUUCCGCAUGUUAGAAAUCAGUUCCCGUUAAACCUUAGUGAUGUAACAUCUUCUCAUAUGAAUCAGCUUUUGGUUUGUCUUUAGUGCCAGCUGUAGAUCCAGGUGUAGUUUUGUCGCUAUAGCUCUUUAGGGAGCUGUUCUCGUGUGGAAUGAUCAUUUUUUGCUAUUCAAUACAUUAUUUCUUGAAAACUUAUUUCAAGUAAGUUAGAUUGGCGAAUGUACGAAAAACUAUGACUGAACUUUCCGCUACACUUGAUUUUACAGCUGGGCCACUUUCACCGGAUUUGUCGACGUUUUAUUUGAUUUUAUAUCAUAGAAUUAAUUUUUGAUACCAUGAACUAUUUUUUUACGUAAGCAAGAUAUCGUAAAGGUUUUGUAUCAUUUUUUAAAACAGUUUUCAAAACAUUGAUUUGAUAAUGAGGACCUGCAAAGCAAUUUGCAAAAAGUUGUCUUU